CUUAGGAUAGAUAGGUAGGUAGUUACUUGGUAUAUAAAUACGGAGUACUCCGUAACUAACAACCCAAUUGACACUCCCAAAACCCAAAAAAACAGCUCACAAAAUCAAUAACAAUCCUAGUACAGAAAACAUUAAAAGAAAAUGGGAGAAAGGCCUACAACACUGACGGCACUAGAAGGAGAGAAAAUCCUAAACAAAAGCUUCGUAAGAGACGAAGAUGAGAGGCCGAAGGUGGCGUACAACGUCUUCAGCCAUGAUAUUCCCGUCAUUUCUCUGGCUGGCAUCGAUUCAUCUGAUGGAGAAGAGAAGAGAGCCGAUAUCUGCUCUAAAAUUGUGGAAGCUUUUGAGGAAUGGGGGAUAUUUCAAAUAGUUGAUCAUGGAAUUGACGGUGAAUUAGUAUCUGAAAUGAGUCGUUUGGCUCGGGAGUUCUUUGCUCUUCCUCCUCAGGAGAAACUUCGCUUUGAUAUGUCUGGCGGUAAAAAGGGCGGUUUCAUUGUCUCUAGUCAUCUUCAGGGAGAGUCAGUACAAGACUGGAGAGAGAUAGUAGCUUACUUCUCAUAUCCAAUAAAGAGUAGAGAUUACUCAAGAUGGCCAGACAAACCUGAAGGGUGGAGGAAUGUGACAGCACAGUACAGUGAGAAGUUGAUGGGUUUAGCUUGCAAGCUCCUUGGGGUAUUGUCUGAGGCAAUGGGUCUAGAGACUGAGGCUCUCACUAAGGCUUGUAUCGAAAUGGACCAGAAAAUUGCAGUGAAUUACUACCCCAAAUGUCCACAACCUGACCUCACUCUUGGACUCAAACGCCACACUGACCCUGGAACCAUCACUCUUCUCCUCCAAGACAACGUUGGAGGUCUGCAGGCUACUCGUGAUGGUGGUAAGACUUGGAUCACUGUCGAACCCAUUCCUGGUGCCUUUGUUGUCAACCUUGGUGACCAUGGUCAUUAUUUGAGCAACGGGAGAUUCAAGAAUGCAGACCACCAGGCUGUUGUGAACUCAGACAGCAGCAGGUUAUCAAUAGCAACGUUCCAGAAUCCAGCAGCAGAGGCGAAAGUAUAUCCGUUGGCAAUUAGAGAAGGAGAAAAGCCAAUCCUAGAAGAGCCCAUGACAUUCGCAGAAAUGUACAGGAAGAAAAUGAGCAAAGACAUAGAGCUUGCACGCCUUAAGAAGCUCGCUAAGGAGCAGCAGUUGAAGGUAGAGGAGCUAGAGACAGUCAAGUUAGACUCGAAACCAAUUGAAGAGAUCCUUGUUUAAUAUUUAAACAUUAUCCGAGCAUCUGAUGUUAUGGUUUCGUAACUGAUAAUAGAUGUGCAAACUUUUGUUGUUCUUGUGUUUUCUUGAUCUAGUUAUAAGGUCAUGUGUAAGAGUGUAUGUUUGGUUCUUAGUCGGAAAUGGUGAAAAAUAAAAUUGUAAUGUGGUCAUCAAAUGCUUUCAUGCAAUACAAACUGCAUAUGGUCCAUAUGGA